AUGGAGUUGGUGUUUAUGCUCGUGAAGAUCACAUCAACAAUCCUGUUAGUUGGAUUGAUCGGCAUGCUCAUACAUCUGUAUGAUUCACUGGUAUUAAAGCCUGAAAGGCUCCGUUCUAAGCUGCAAAAGCAAGGGAUUCGAGGUCCUCCUCCAUCAUUCUUGAUUGGAAAUAUGUUGGAAAUGGGGAAGACAGGAUCCAAGGAGUCAAAUUUGGCACAAGAAGGAAAACAAACGAUAACCCACAGUUGUUCUGCUAUUGUUUUACCAUUCCUUGAUAAAUGGAGAAAACAAUAUGGUCCAACAUUUAUGUUCUCCAUGGGGAAUUUACAGGUUUUGCAUAUGAGCCACCCCGAUGUUGUGAAAGAAAUGACUGUAUACAGUUCUUUUGACUUGGGAAGGCCUUCCUAUCAAAAAAAAGGGCUUGAUCCGCUGUAUGGCGAGGGAAUUCUACAUGCAAAUGGUGCAGUUUGGGCACAUCAAAGGAAAGUCCUGGCUCCUGAAUUCUACAUGGACAAGGUCAAGGGUAUGAUGAAACUAAUGGUAGAGUCUGCAGUCGCGCUAAUAAACGAAUGGAAUAAUAAGAUCGACUCUGAAGGUGGAGUAGCUGACAUAAAGAUUGAUGAAUAUUUGAGAAACUUCUCUGGAGAAGUUAUCUCGAGAGCAUGUUUUGGAAGCAAUUAUAAAGAGAUUUUCUCAAAGCUCAGAGAACUUCAAGAAAUUGCAUGUAAGAAAGUUAUCUGGCAAGGGAUACCUGGACUGAGAUCACUCCCAACCAAGAGCAACAGAGAAAUGUGGAGAUUAGAGAAAGAAGUCCACACAUUAAUCUUGAAUGAAGUGAAAGAAAAAUCAGUAUCAGAGAAGAACAUAUUACAAAUGAUCGUUAAAGGAGCUAAGAGCAGCAAUUUAAGCCAUGAUGCAAUAGACAACUUUAUCGUGGACAACUGCAAGAACAUAUGCUUCCCGGCCUAUGAAAAUGGUGCCGUGACGGCAAGUUGGACCAUGAUGUUGUUGGCCUUAUAUCCAGAGUGGCAAGACAAAGUUCGUGCUGAGGUUCUUGAAAUUUUUGGAGACCAAUUGCCAAGCUUCGAUAUGCUGCACAAGAUGAAAACACUAACAAUGGUGAUCUAUGAGUCAUUGCGCCUUUACCCUCUUGGAUGCAUGCUGACUCGGGAGGCAGUUCAAGACAUGAAAGUUGGGGGCAUACAUGUGCCAAAAGGAGUUAGUAUUUGGGUGAUGUUGAUGACACUUUAUAAAGACCCCAAUAUUUGGGGAUCUGAUGUCGAUAAAUUCAACCCCGAAAGGUUUGUCAAUGGAAUCAACGGUGCAUGUCAGCUUCCUCAUCUGUACAUUCCAUUUGGCACCGGACCUCGUUCAUGUUUGGCGCAGCACUUUGCCAUGGCGGAACUCAAGAUACUUCUUGCUCUUAUACACUCGAACUUCACCUUCUCGCUCUCACCAAAAUAUAGACAUUCUCCAAUUAUGAAUUUAAUUAUUGAGCCUGAAUUUGGUGUGGAUCUCUUGGUUAGAAGGGUUUGAGGCAUUUGUCUUUUUCGUAAGUCAUCAAGAUUUCAAUUCUUGUACUAAAAAUUUAAUA